CGUCAUGACGUCAUACGGAAGUCAUGCGGCCAAGAUGGCAGCGUCCUUGACACUCAUGCUGAGAGUGUUGUCAACUGUCUAACAUGGACAACAGUGGCAAAUGUAAGUGCUGUUCAGCUAACAAGAGAAGAUUUUGAGAGCGCAGGAUGGAGAGACGAGAGUUCGUCGCGUCACUUGUGGCAGGCGGCUGUGCGGGGAUGUGUGUGGAUCUGACCCUCUUCCCCCUGGACACCGUGAAGACGAGACUGCAGAGUCCGCAGGGCUUCUACAAGGCAGGGGGCUUCAGGGGCAUCUACGCUGGAGUCCCAUCUGCUGCUGUCGGCUCCUUCCCCAACGCCGCUGCUUUCUUUGUCACCUACGAAUACACAAAGUCCCUGCUCGGCGCCGGCGGACCGCUAGCAGCGGUGCACGCCGCACCUGUCGCUCACAUGCUGGCCGCCUCCCUGGGAGAAAUAGUGGCGUGUCUGAUCCGGGUUCCCACCGAGGUGAUCAAACAGAGGACCCAGGCUUCCCCCUCAUCCACCACUUACCACACGCUGCUGGCUACACUCAGGGAAGAGGGUGUCCGAGGCUUGUACAGAGGAUACGGCAGCACGGUGCUCCGAGAGAUCCCGUUCUCUCUGGUGCAGUUUCCACUUUGGGAAUAUUUAAAGACUCUGUGGUCGCGGAGGCAAGGUCACACGCUCUACUCUUGGCAGGCUGCAGUGUGCGGAGCUUUUGCAGGUGCAGUAGCGGCAGUUGUUACCACUCCUCUUGACGUGGCGAAGACCAGGAUCAUGCUCGCAAAGGUAUACAAACACACCGAGCGCACACCUCCUCCUCUGGCAGCCACUUUUAAACACUGCUGUCAGGUGACGCCUCCCAGGCAGAGCGAGCCGAUCGGGCCUGAGCGCAUUUCAACGGUGUCCGCGCACGGGACAAAGCAGGCGGAGGUAGCGCGGGGACAGCAUCUGUUCGCGGGCAGCGUACCGAGGACGGCCUUCAUCAGCGUGGGAGGUUUCAUCUUCCUGGGAGCCUACGAGAAGGUCCGCGGCUCUUUGCUGUAGAAGCUCGCCCCCCGUGGUGUGGUCCAACAGCAGAGGGUCGGGUGGGGGGGGAGGAAGCAGCUGUGGAGGCAGCAGCCUUGUUCCCCGAGCGUUUCCCAGGGUGCCGCAUUCCUACUCAUCGGGGCGCCGAGGGAAACCGGCCGGGCUCAAGCACUUCUGUGGCUGAUAAAUGGAGCCACGCCCUCGCAAGAGAUGAGCCAUCUUUACUGUUAAACGUGUGUGUGUGUGUAAAGUGAUGAGCUGGGCCAUUAAAGAAUGUCUCUUUUUAUCCUUUGA